AUGUGCGAACUUCAUUUUUACAGGUGUCCGGGGUGCGGGACGAGGUGGCAGAAGCAUAAGAAGCUGGCAAGCUGCGAGCGCAGUGAUCCAGCUUCCAAGUGCCCAGACAGUUUAUGCAUGUACGUCGGCAACCCUAAAAAGCCUAGGCGGGGUGAGUGCGCUGCAUGUACGCAUGUCAGAGAUGCUCUCGAGGGAUUUGGGAACAAUAACGCACACUGCUAA